AUGUCAGACGGCAAGAUGUUGGAGGCUCCUGCCCACCGGGUCGCGCCCGUUCAGACGCCCUCAAAACCGAAGCAGAUGCAUUAUCCGUUUUGGUUUGGAGGUUCCGCGUCAUGCUUUGCUGCAGGCGUGACGCAUCCGCUGGAUUUGGUCAAGGUAUGUGGCGGCUUUCCGUCCGAGACGGUCCGGUUACAGACGCGCGCGCCUGAUGCGCCGAGAACAAUGAUUGGCACAUUUGGACAUAUUGUGAAGAAUACUGGUUUCACCGGGUUAUAUAGUGGUCUCUCGGCCGCGCUCCUCCGACAAAUAACGUAUUCCACAACUCGAUUUGGUAUAUACGAAGAACUGAAGUCGCGCUUCGCCACGCCCUCAGAAGCGGGCGCUGCACCGAGCAUGCUGACCUUGGUUGGCAUGGCCUGCGCAUCCGGCUUCAUCGGUGGUAUUGCCGGUAACCCAGCCGAUGUGAUGAACGUCCGCAUGCAAUCCGACGCAGCCCUCCCUCCAGCCCAGCGUCGCAACUACCGCCACGCAUUCCACGGCCUCGUGCAGAUGACCAAGACAGAGGGAUUCGGUUCUCUCUUCCGUGGAGUGUGGCCCAACUCCACCCGUGCGAUUCUCAUGACUGCCUCGCAACUUGCCUCUUACGAUACCUUCAAGCGCAUGUGUAUCGAGAAGGCCGGCAUGGCCGAUAACCUGGGCACACACUUCACAGCAUCGUUCAUGGCUGGGUUCGUGGCUACUACCGUCUGCAGUCCUGUGGAUGUGAUUAAGACUCGCAUUAUGAGCGCUUCUCCUGCUGAGAGCCGCGGCCAUACCAUUGCGGGUCUUCUGCGUGAUAUCUGUCGCAAGGAAGGCCUUGCAUGGACUUUCCGUGGUUGGGUGCCUAGCUUUAUUCGCCUGGGUCCUCACACCAUUGCUACCUUCCUCUUCCUUGAGGAGCACAAGAAGCUUUACCGUAAGAUGAAGGCUCUAUAA